AUGCUUUUCGUGGCAGCCGUGGCAGCCGCCUUCGCGCCUCGGCAGCUCGCGCCUCAGCUUAAACCGGCCCAGCGUCCUGCAGCGGUCCUGCUUGGAGCGACCGCCGAGUCCACCGCAGCUCCCGCCGCUGCCGAAGAGAGCUCUCCCGCGCCCACCGCUGCCGACCCAGCCGUGGCAACGCUCGACCUGCUCGAGUGGCCUCGGCUCUCCGCGCACGUCGCUCAGCACGCGUCGACGGCCUUUUCGCGCGAGCUGUACGGCGCUGGCAUCCCGCUGCCGCGCGAGCGCGCCGAGUCGGAGGCGCUGCUCGAGGAGACGGCAGAGGCGUUCGCCAUCGAGAGGAGCCUCGGCGUGCCUCUCGAGCUCAAGGGCUUCACCGACUGGCUGCCACUGGUCUCGCUGGCGUCCAAGGGAGCGGUGCUCGAGGGCCCGCAACUCGCCUCCAUAUCCACCUCCCUCGGGGCCGCAGCCUCUCUCGUCAAGAAGAUGCGCUCGCUCGACGAUGCGCAAGGCAGCAGCGGCAGUGGCGGCGGCGGCGGCGGCGGCGGCGGCGGUGCCGUGCCGCAUAGGCUCCCGGCCCUCUUCGACGGGGUCGGCGUGCAGGCGGCUCUCAAGCUCGCCAUUGACGAGGCAGUCGACGACGCCGGCGAAAGACGCGCGACUCCGCCUCGGAGACGCGUCGUGCGCGACUCCGCCUCGGACGGGCUCGGCGAGGUGCGGUUCGCCAAGCGAGAGCUGGCGGCGGCGGUGCGCAAGAGCCUGGCGGAGCUGGUGGCGAAGAAGGGCGACUCGGUGGUGGCCAAGCAGAAGCACCGCGUGCCGGGCGUCGUGCGCGACGUGUCUGGCUCGGGGCAGACGCUCUUUAUCGAGCCCAAGGAGGUCGAGGGCGCAAACACAAAGCUGCGCCAGCUCGCCAGGCGCGAGCAAACGCUCGUGCGGGCGGCGCUCUCCAAGCGAGUGGGCGCGCCUGCCGUCGCUCACGAGCUCGAGGCGCUGCACAGCGCCGUGACGAAGGUCGACCUCGCCGCCGCGCGCGCGCGGUACGCCGCCGCCGUGGGCGGAGUGCCCGUCCGCUUCUCGGACCACCGGGCGGAGGGCGUGGCACUGCAGGGGCUGCUGCACCCUCUGCUGCUGCAGCCUGCGCCCUCCGAGCCGGACUACGAGCUCCCGCCGCACGUGCGCGCGAUCGUGAUCACCGGGCCGAACACCGGCGGGAAGACAGUGGCACUGAAGAACCUCGGGCUGGCAGCUGGACUGUGGCCCGUCUGCUCAGAGCCGCGUGGCCGCUCUCUCUCGGCCGACGCCUCGCCGUCGGCGGUCGCCGCCGUGCCCUGGUUUGACGCCGUGAUGGCAGACAUCGGCGACGACGGCCAGUCGUCGCACGCGAGAUCAGCCGAGAUCCACCCGAGAUCAGCCGAGGUGCAGUCCCUCUCGACCUUCUCGGAGCUGUGCAGUGCAGUUGGCGCCGGCACCGAUCCGACGGAGGGGUCUGCGCUCGGGGCGGCGGUGCUGCGGCGGCUCAAGGCGACGGCGGGCUGUGCUGCGGCGGCUCAAGGCGACGGCGGGCUGUGCUGCGGCGGCUCAAGGCGACGGCGGGCUGUGCUGCGGCGGCUCAAGGCGACGGCGGGGCUGACGAUGUGCACGACGCACCACUCGUCGCUCAAGACGCUCAAGUACUCGGACGCCGCCUUCGAGAACGCAUGCGUCGAGUUCGACGACGUCGCGCUCGCGCCAACCUACCGCCUCCUCUGGGGCGUCCGACAACGCGAGAGGACGGCGAGAUCACGCGAGAUCACCCGAGAUCGCCCGAGAUUGCCCUCUAGGCGUGCGGGCGAGGCGGACGUCGGCGAGCUGAUCGAGCGGAUGCAGGCCGAGCAGGGGGAGCAGCGGGCGCUGCGGCAGCAGCUGGUCGGCUUGCGCGACGAGGCUGAGGGGGCGCGGCGGCAGCUCGAGGCGCGCCGGCUGGAGCAGGAGGCGGCGGCCGCGGCGGAGGCGGCGGCGUCGCGCGAGGCGCUGCAGCGCGAGCUCGACGCCGCGCGCGCGCAGAUCGCAGACUUGGUGGCCGCGGCCAAGGCUGGCGCCGACGGCCCCGCGCCGACCCCCUCGGCGACGCUGCACCGCCUGUCUGUGAUUGGAAAGCGGGUGGCGGGAGCGCCAGAGGCGGAGGCGGCGGCGGCGGCGGCGGCGGCGGCGGCGGCGGCGGCGGCGGCGGCGGUGGUGGGCCGGGAGGAGGCGGAGGCUGGCGACUCGGUGAUCGUGCGUCGACUCGGGGAGGAGCCGGUGCUGGUAGAGUCGAGGAAGGGGAAGCAGCUGACGGUGGCGUACGGCGGGCUGACGAUGAAGGUGAAGGCGGCCGAGGUGGCCAGGGUCAUCAAGGCCGAGAGGGUGGUGCCGCCCCCAAAGGCUGCGGGUCGCAAGGGCGGGAAGCGCGAGCGCCGCGUGACCGCGGUGCGCGUCCCUAGCAACACGCUCGACUUGCGCGGCAAGCGGCUCAACGAGGUUGGCGACGACGUCGCGCACGCGCUCGAUCGUGCGAUGGACCUCGGCUGUCUGUACAUCAUCACCGGCCGCGGCACCGGCCAGAUGCGCCGCUUCGUGAGGGAGCGGCUCGCGGAGGACCCCCUGGUCGCGCGGUUUGAGGAUGCGCCCGAGCCGGAGGGGGGGAACGGGUGCACCAUCGUCUAUCUGCGCUGA